ACGUGGAAACAGUACUACUACAGCAGCAGCUGCUCCACGCGCUCUCUGCUCCGUUCAUUACUUUUUAUUGUUAAUGUCGCGAGCCCAAUGCUGCCAGCAGCGGCACGUUCCUUUCAUUUUUUUCACGCGGAAGAAGGCACUUUUUGUAGACCUACAAACCUACUGAGAAUGAGUCCUGCAUAACUUCGGUAUUGUUGUUAUCUACCCCCCUCCUUCUUCUCUCUUCCCCCUACCCGCGCUCUCCAAGCUGAGCCAUUACACAGAAGUAUGGUCGAUAAAGGCCCCUUGUUGACUUCUGCUAUCAUUUUUUACCUGUCCAUUGGGGCAGCAAUUUUUCAAGUCCUGGAGGAGCCCAAUUGGAAGCAGGCUGCCAAGACGUAUAAUGCACGGAAGGAUAAAAUACUUGAAGACUAUCCUUGUCUGACGAAAGAAGAUUUGAACAAAAUAUUAGAGGUGGUAUCUGAUGCAGCAGGCCAAGGGGUCACAAUAACUGGCAGCAAGACCUUCAACAACUGGAACUGGCCAAAUGCUGUUAUCUUUGCUGCCACUGUUAUCACUACUAUUGGAUAUGGAAACAUUGCACCCAAAACCUCAGCAGGCCGUGUUUUCUGCAUCUUCUAUGGACUCUUUGGUGUGCCUUUGUGCCUUACUUGGAUCAGUGAGCUGGGAAAGUUCUUCGGUGGUCGUGCCAAGCACCUGGGACAGUAUCUCACAAAGAAAGGAUUCUCACUGAGAAAGGCUCAGUUUACCUGCACAGCUAUCUUUCUGCUCUGGGGUGUGCUGGUCCAUUUAGUUCUUCCACCUUUAGUGUUUAUGUCCCAGGAGGGUUGGUCAUAUAUAGAAGGCUUGUACUUCUCCUUUGUCACCUUGACCACCAUUGGCUUUGGAGACUUGGUAGCAGGUGUGGAACCAAACAAAGAGUACCCGACCUUGUACCGCUACUUUGUGGAAGUUUGGAUCUAUCUUGGCUUGGCCUGGCUUUCUUUGUUCUUCAACUGGAAAGUGCGAAUGGUGAUAGAAGCCCACAAGGCGCUAAAGAAACGCCGCAAGCUGCGUAAGCUGUCUCUGGAAGAGCUCAGGCAUUACAAAGAGUCUCACAAAGCUUCCCUUCGUUUGCCACCUACUCCUAAUGAUGUUAACAUCUUCAGCUUUCUGUCCAAAAAGCAAGAAGGCUACAAUGACUUAAUCAAACAAAUCGGCACUAAAAGAGACAGCCGAAGUAGCAGCAGCAGUUCCAAUACCACCAACAAAGCUAAGGAAAUGAAUCGCUCCAAGAGUUGCAAUGAUGCUCCUAUGUUUAAUGGUCACACAAUCCUCAGUCUUGAUCGUUCUCCACGCCAAAAGAGGCGCUAUAGUUUCAGUGACCGUGUCACUGUCGCUUUGUCAAAGUCCAAGAACUACCUCCUUGGCACAGACAAUGGAUCGCUGCUAACAGAGGACCAAGCUGAGGCGGAGCUAGAACAGGACCAAAUGUUUGAAAACCAGCUUGACAAGGAUGUUGACAUUGAGAAUGCAGGAAUGGGAGAUUGUGGAGCCAGCGGUCGAAGACCAUGGGACUCCAAAGACUAUCAUCCUCUCACAAUCCAAAAUGCAAAUAUCACUUUCAUAGAUGAGGAGAACUUUCUCAGCAACAACUUAGAGGGAGAAGAGGAUGACGAGGAUGAUGACGACGAUUCUAAAGCGAAGUUAUCGAUUACCACGUGUGACGAGAACAUUGAAACAAACUCUAAGGAAGAACAGAGCUCUGAAUCUGAAGAGUCUGUGUUCACUAGUGAUGGCUCAGAGCACAGCCACUCCUAUGAGAAACUUGUGGAGGAGUAUGCGAAGGAAGAAAACACAGACUCCUGAGCUUAGCUUUUAACUGAGUUUGAAUUGAAGUGUGCUAAUGUGAAAGAAAAUCAGAACUCCCAUUGAACUUUUGGAAUUCUGGAAAUGAAAGACUGCAAAGCCAUGAACAAAUUUCACAUGAAUGUUCCUUUUUCAAUUGUGAAAUGAAAAUCCACAGUUUGAGUAUCUUUUUAAAGUUUUUUUAACAAAGUCUUGAACAAAAUUCAAUUAACAUGGAGUAACGAGCAUAACCCUGUGAGUAUUUAUCAUCUGAUCUGUAUAUGUCUGUUAAAUGAUUUUGUGCCACAAAUUCAUUUUUUCCAAAACCAGUUGACCUAUCGCUAAGUCCCUCAGCUCACUUGGACAGUCAGCAUACCUUCUAAGUUAAGAGUUUGCAGUUUCGUGGGCUUUUACAAAACGUUUCACUACAAUUAACACUGAUAUCCAACAGUCAGAGAACAGAAAUACUGGGUUUUAAAGAUGAUAUGAUGAGCUAAUGUUAUGAAGCCGAAGCUGACCAUACCAUUGGUAGUAAACUGGCUUUCUUACAUUAACAUUAUGCAGCAAAGUUCACAGCAACUUGGUGUCUUGCCUUUGAACAAAUGUAGACACUUUUGCUGAUAAUCAGUGUUGCCUUUAUCUCAAGCCCAUCAUUUGAUAAAUUUCCAAUGUAUAACUGUAAAAAUUUCAACAAAACUGAGAAAUUCUAAAUUUCUAAUGCCUUUCUGUGGUCUGCAAGCUUGAUAUGCAACUGGAUUGGAUAUCUGCUAGAAAUGUGAUUGGCUUUUGUCAUUUGAGGGUGGGACUUAGCCAUAGGUCAGUUAGUCAUUUUUUCCUAUAGGCUGUUAAGAAAUUAUGAGUGGAAAAGUGCGUGAUUCUCCAUAGUUUCUACCAUGCAUAUUCACCAUAUUGGUGUUUUUAUAGUAUUUAUUAAAAUGAAGGACAAAGUAGCCUUUUAUUCAACGGCUACUUGGGCUUUUAUAUGCCUCCAUUGCACAAUUGCACCAAAAUUUGGACAGUUUAAAGUCCAGUAUCAGUGCAGAUUGUCUUUAAAACCUGAGCCACUUGUCCUGAAAGAAACUGAAGGGGGAACAAGAGCCAAUCCUCUCUUUUCAUUUCAUUCCUGUCUUUUUUGAGGUCCUGAUAAUACAUCUUUGAUUGCAUUUUAUGUCACUGCUCUAGAGGUCAUAUGCAUUAGCUACAACUAAGAGGAGGAAAAAUCAUUAAUGUUAACAACAGAAAAGUGUAUUUGUGUUUGUGUGACUCUCCAAACCAAGAUUUUUUGCCUUCUUUUAACUUCUGCUCCAAGAUUACUGUGGAAAAAAAUCAGCUUUUGAAAUAAUCAUCCCAUUGUGACAUGAUGUAAAUAACUUCUUGGAAUAGAACCCAGUUGAGUGGACCCAGUUGUUUUUUUUCUCCACUGGCAGCAUUUUAAGUGUCAAGCUGUGGCUUCUGAGCCCCCCUAGCAUGGCAGUGCAUAAUGUGAAAUGAAACUUUCUCAGCGUCAAUAUUCUCACAUUUUGUCUCUCUCUUUUUCACCCUUUCACUUCAUUGUGUUUGCCAUGUAAAUAUUGGCUCGGGGCCCAUCAGUAGCCACAAACAUGGCUCUGCUCAGGACGUGGCCUUGCUGCUGGUGUUUGCCUUUGGGGGCCUGUGCUGGCACAAAUGACUCAAGUAGCGAUUACAUCAGGUAGCCGAGGUUAAACUGCUGCAGAUCAAUACUCUCUUGACGUAGCCUUUUAGUCAUGAGGUUUAACAUCAGCAGUGUUGGUGCUCUCUUUUACUGUACAGUAUUCCCCUUUUCAUGUGGACACAAAACUGUAAACCUAGAGGGGCCAAAACAUGUCCAAAUAUUUCCAUACUUUGACAGGUUCUUUUCCUGCUCUCUCACUGCCUUUUGCACACAUUAAUAUGCGCACAAUAACUUAAACAGUGUUACUUUGAAUGGUAAAAUGGCAGUGUUUGCAGUAUCACAAUAGGGGAUUCUAGCCAGCUGGGCUAUAUCCAAUAUUUUUGCCUUCAGUUGCGUUAAAUGCCUUAAACAUACUGCAAAAAAGACAGUAUAAUUUAACAUCUGUUGAAUCUACUUGUAAUGACUAACUGUAAAGGAGUUUCUUUUUUCCUCUUCCUCCUCUUGUAUUUCAUCACCUUUAUGAGAGCAUUUCCUUCUUUCUCUCUUUUUCAUUGUUCUUCUCAAUGUGCACAUGCAGCAAUGUUAUAAAGCCACGGUACUUUUCUGGACUGAAUUUCAAGCAUGUUUCUACGUUAUUAGUACAACAGGUUGGGCUGGUUCAUUGUCCCAAGUUUUGCUCCAUUGUUUGAAAACUCCAGCAUAUUUUUUAUGUAGUUGUCUUUUUUAUGGUUAAAUUAUUCAUGUUUGUAAAGUUUGUAUAUG